CAGAACACAGGAGCAUGAAACACCACACUGACGCACAUUUUGCGCUCUCAGUCUUUCUGACAAAAAAGCUCGAUGGUAAAUGAAGAUCUACAUUUCGGCAACCUGAGACCAUGACUUUGGGCCGAGAAGAUGGGAAAUGUUGUGCGGGGUGCCGUGGCCUUCGUGCCCUCCGAGAGAUGUCAACGCUUCUUAGUAGGCGACUUGAAGGAGAUGCCGCUUGAUCGUACUCUAGACCUGAGUAGCCGGCAGUUACGUCGCUUUCCAGCCAGAGCUUCUGCUUUCAGUGAACUAGUCAAACUCUAUCUAAGCGACAACCACCUGAGCAACUUGCCGUCGGAGCUGCGAAACCUGCAGAAGCUCCAGCUUCUAGCCUUGGACUUCAAUCGUUUCGAAGAGCUUCCUCUGGUCGUAUGCAGCCUCGUUCAACUGAACAUCCUCUACCUCGGUAAUAACCGACUGUACGGGCUGCCCGAGGAGCUGAGGCAACUCACCGAGCUUAAAACGUUGUGGCUGGAGACCAACUGCUUCACCAAGUUCCCUCGAGUAAUAUGCCAGCUUCCCAACAUCAAGACCCUUCAUUUGGGCUACAAUCAGCUGCGUAGUUUACCCUCCGAGCUCGGGCGACUGGAGGAGCUGCGCAGCAUCUGGCUGGCGGGGAACGCGCUCAAUGACUUCCCUCCUGUGCUGCUGAAGAUGCAUUACUUGGAGGUGAUCGAUGUGGACCGGAAUCGCAUUCAGCAGUUUCCGUCGCUGGCCUACUUAAGAGGCUUGAAGCUCGUCAUCUACGACCACAAUCCCUGUGUGAACGCACCCGUGGUGGCUGAGGGCGUGAGACGGGUCGGGCGCUGGGCCGACAGCUCUGAUGGUGAGGAAGAUGAGGGUGAUGGAAAUGUUGUCCAAGCAAGCGUGAAGGUCCAGGGAUCACUGGUGGACAUCGAGUGAAGAAGAUCGGUUAGGAACCGUUGAGCAAACUAUGGCGGUGUAUACAAAGAGCAUCAAGAUAAUGAUGAGUUUUUGAAACUGCAGAGGACGAUUGCUUUGUGAAAAGUGACAAUUAUUUCUCUAAAGACCUUUAUCGUUUUUAAUAAUAGAUAUAGGCCUGGAUUCACAGGGCUUAAAUUAAGCCAGGAUUUGGCCUUAGAUAAAUUAGGCAUUUUAAGACACUGACGCACUGACGCAUAUAUACAUAUAUAUAUAUAUAUAUAUAUAUAUAUAUAUAUAUGAUCAAUAAGUUAUGACAUAAUGCAUUUUAGUGAAAUCGCCAUUAGUAUAUAUUUUAUAGUAGAUUUAUAGAAGUGUAAAUUAUUUAAAUGUAUAUAUAUAUAUAUAUAUAUUAAUCAGAUUCAUAAUAAACA